AUGCCAUCUACGUCAUCUAUCAUAAAGACUGCCACAAUAACUACAAGUGUAGUAAUAGCUUCAAUUGGAUGUUAUGCAGUAUAUUUUGAUUAUCAAAGAAGGAAAAAUCCACAUUUUAGAAAGGAAUUAAGGAAGAAAUUAAAAAAAGAAGCUAAGGAGCUUGAAAUAUCCAAGAAGAAAGCAGAAGAGGAAUUCCUUGCGAAGAUUAGGGAAUUUUUAACACAAGAUUUAUUAAAUGAUCCAAUUUCUAUGGAUCCUGAGAAAAGAGAGGAAAUAUUUGCAAGUAAUGUUGAAAUGGGGGAAAGAUUGACUAUUCAACCUGGUCAAGAGAUUGAAUCUGCUUCUAAAUUUUAUAGAGCUUUAUGUGUUUAUCCUAAACCUACUGAUCUUUUGAAGAUUUAUCAAAGAACUAUUCCUGAAAAUAUCUAUGAGAUUGUUCAAAUGAUGUUGACAGUCGUACCACCUGAUAAUCUAAUGGAUUUUUUAAAGAAUUCAUUUGAUAGAUAUAUGAGAGGGGUAGAUCCUCUUGUUGGUUUAGGUAGUGAAGUUGACGUUGAAUCUGAUCUUGCUAACACCAAUGAUGAUGAUGUAGAUCAUGAUAUCCAUGAAUUAUGA